GCUACGACACAUGUUGGAGUCCGAACAUCUGACGUACUCUGAGGAACUGGCUUUGCUCACGAAGCAACGAAUCGAGGAAGCGGCCAGAAAACGGCACGAAUGGUUUGGAAUUCAAAGAAUGGAACGAGAGCUGGAAACUGAAAAGUUCUUGAAACUUAAGCAACUACAAAGAGAAAUGGAAAGCUGUGAGAAAGCGAGACACUUGGAAAGCAAAACAUUGCUGAUGGAUAGCAAACGAGCGCAGCUCUAUCAAAUCGAGGAGAAGGAAGUAAUGCGUCAAAAAGAAAAGAAAAUUAAACAAAUGUGGUUGGAUGUCCAACGACGAUUUAAUGAAGAGAUGCUGGAGCAAGAUAACCUGGAACGAAAGCUUCUCAAAGUAAUUGCGAAGUCCAACCAGGAAAUGAAUUCAAGGAAUGACGAAUGCCAGAAGGAAAUAAAUAAAAUUAAUGAUAAAGCUGCGCGCAACGAGUUUGCUAAAGAGGAUGCGAGUGCUUUGCUUAAAGACAAAUUGUACAUGGAUCGGCUAAAAGAGAUGGAGAAAAAUAAGGCGCUGAGUCAACAUAAUGUGUUAACGGCACAAAUUAAACAGAAUGAGGAAAAUCGCAAAAAUACUAAGCAACGCGAAAUCAACCUUGAAUUGCAAGUCAAAAAACAGAACCUCUGGGAUAUUUUGAAUAAUCAUUAUAGGGAGGAGAAACAAAAGAUUCAGGAUUCAGUUUGGCAAGACCACUAUAUUCAUCACGUGAGACAAGAAAAUCAAAGAAAACAUAAGGAAUCCAAAGAAUUCGAUGCGAUGUUCUUGGGUACCGGAUGCGUCUUACACCCACGCAAUAAGAUUCCCUACAACAAGUCUACACGUUAAGUUUUUGUUUAGUAUGCAACUUACAGUGCAGCUUUCGUUU